AUGGCACCGCGCCCACUGGAUCAGAAUGGGGCUCCGCAGCAGCCUACGCAGCCGGACCACGCUGCACCCUCGCAUACGGCAUCGAGCAAUCCUAUGUCUUCGCCUUCGGUGGUUCAAGCUGGUGAGAUGAUGCUCAUCAUCUCGCUUGUCCUAAUUCUCUUCGUCGUCUGCGCGGUAUCAGUACAUUUCUACUUGAAGCGACAAAAAAGGCGACGUCGGAAGAAAUCCCCGAAAAAGAAAGCAGGAAAGGAUGUAGAGGGGCCAGACGAGUUGCAGUCGAAGGAAAAGAAAAUGUCUGAGCUGGUGGGAACGCCGCUUUGCGAGUUGGGCGAUUCAGAGCCGAGGCAUGAGAUGGAAGACGCGGAAGUGCUCGAGAGGUAUGCCAUGACCGAGCCGGAGCAUCCGCAAGAGCACCCAGUGCACCUCGUCAGCCCACUCACACCUAAUUACGAUGCUGGUCGGAUGUUCGGGGAUAUGUCUACUCGGUCCGCUGCGCAACCAGAAGCAGGCGUAUACGCAGCCUACAUGAUAGGUCUGGCCCGAUGA